AUGGUGUUGCAAAUAAUCCUGCGGUAUUUGGCAAAUAACGAACAACUCAUUCAACGUUUAGCCGAUUCGUAUCCUUUACGCAGGGCUGCGCAAAUGGUACUAAGCGCUUACUACCGUAGUCGAUCGAUCGCAGAACAGCAAAAACUUAUCGGAAUGUCUCCGGAGCGAUUGCAGCAGGCGCUGCGUAGUUUCAAGUCGAACGUGCAAAGGGAAAUCGAAAAUGCCAAGAAUGAUUUGAGCAAAAAGAAGUAAACUGACCAUGAACAAGUAAGACGAAGGAAGUGUAAC